ACCAAAAAAAAAAAACAUUGUUUUAUUUUUCAAUGUUGCGUCUCUUGAACAAAAACCAAAACCAGAAUUCCGUAUGGCAGAUUAACAAAUCAGCCGCCAUGGCCGAUAGAUUCUCAACCUUGCCAGAACACAUCAUCCACAACAUCAUGUCUUUCCUUCCCUCCAUCAGAGACGCCAUGGCUCUGUCCAUGGUGUCUAGGACCUUCUCCUCUGCUUUCCUCUGCCUCCCAAUAAUGGACAUGGACAUGGACUAUUUUUUCUUCUCCGAUUUGAAAUCAAAGCAGGCCUGGUUUUCAUAUGCCCUAUUGAGCAUUGUCGAACGUUGUUGUCCCACGAUUUACACAGAGUUAUACUUGGCAGAAAUUCUUGGCUGGUCGAAAGAAGAUGCUCAGGUAUUGUUUUUGGAUUCCUUAAUGAAUUACCUACAAAAUCGUCGGAUAAAUGUUGGGUUAGACAAGUUUAGGUUUGUUGCUAGAGAUGCUUCUCAGUAUUUCGACAGCUUUAAGAUGAAGACCCUAUUUAGUUUUUGCAUAGACAACAAUGUCAAAGAGGUAGAGUUGGAUUUUGUAAAAUUUCGAACUCUAGUGUACCGUUUGCCUCCACAACUUAUUUCUUCCAAAACAAUCAGAGCUUUGACCAUAAAAGGGCUUAAAUUGGGAAUAUUGGAGGAUCAAGAUUUGAUUGUAAGCUGUCCUUCGUUGGAGAAUUUGAGUCUCAUUAACUGCGAAAAUGUCGGAAUUGUUAGUUUGGUGUGUAAUGUUGUUAAACUCAAAGUAGUAGAAAUCGAAAACUGCAGAGAGAUUAAUGUUGUUCACGGACCACUUCCAUGCCUUGAAUAUUUUUCUGUAAAACUCAAACAAGGGCUAAGUUAUUGUAUUUGUAAUUUAGACACCAUGACCAGUUCAACUUGUCCAAGGCUCAAGCAUAUGCAAUUCAGCACAUGUGGUAUUCCAAACAAAUGGAUUUACAAUUUGUUUGAUGCGUUUCGUUUUCUUCAGACUUUGAAGUUGGAGGGUUGCUGUAAAUUCAAGGAGAUCAGUUUUCAACGUCUAGAAUAUCUACAUUCUUUGGAGUUUGAUUCUGUGGAUUUUAUGAAAGUUGAGAUGGAAGCUCCAAACCUUGUUUCCUUGAUUUACAAUUCCGAAUCUGCUAGAUCUCCUGAAAUUAACAUCUGCUCAACAAAUCUGAAGCACUUGCAGUUUGAAGGUGCAAAUGUACCCAAAAAUUGGGUUGCUCACAACUUCUCCGAAUUUCCUUUUCUUGAGACUUUGAAAUUGAUAGGCUCCCAUAGAUGGAUGGAGAUCAAGUUUCAUCUUGAAAAUCUAAAUGCUUUGGAGUUGGAUUCUGUAGAUUUUACCCAAGUUGAGAUUGAAGCUCCGAAUCUUGUUUCAUUGAUUUAUAAAUCCAUAUCUAAUAGAUCUUGUUCAAUUAACAUAAGCAGCAGCAGCUCAACAAAUCUGAAGCAGCUGCAGUUUGAAGGUGUAAAUGUACCCCAAAAUUGGGUUGCUCAAAACUUCUCUGAAUUUCGUUUUCUUGAGACUUUGAAGUUGACUGACAGUCAUUGGAAUCUGAGGGAGAUCAAGUUUCAUCUUGAAAAUCUAAAUGCUUUGGAGUUGGAUUCUGUAAAUUUUUGGAAAGUUGAGAUUGAAGCACCAAAUCUCGUUUCCUUGAUUUAUAAAUCCGGAUAUGGUACACCCCUUGAAAUUAACAUAAGUAGCAGCUCUACAAGUCUGAAGCAUUUGCAGUUUGAAGGCAAAUCUGUACCGAAAAGAUGGGUUGCAGAGAACUUCUCUGAAUUUUGUUUCCUUGAGACUUUGAAGUUAAAUACUGACUGCCCAUUUCCAUCGAAGAAGUUCAAGUUUCAACUCCAAUGCCUAAAAGUUUUGAUUUUGAACUUGAAAUUUACUCGGUCUGAACUGUUUACAUGUGAGAUUGAAGCUCCAAAUCUGGUUUCCUUCAUGUAUAUGAACGAGGAUGAUGGUUGGAACUCUAGCACUUCGGUUAGAGUUACACCUUUGGUAACUUUCACCUCCAAAGCUAAACCGAAUGUAAUACUCGAUGUGUCAUCUAGUGAACAUGAGAACAAUUUUUCAAGCUGGAUGCAUUAUAUUCGUUACAUGAAAUCUGAUUUUAGAAAGAAUAUGGUUAUUCCAUUAAGCAACUUCAAGCAUCUGAAAGUAGAAUCCCAAGGCUCUCAUCCCAAUACUCUCUCCUUCAUUGUGGAUAAGCAAGUAAAAUCCUUGAAGUUUUAUUACAAGAAGGAGAAUAUAGAGAGCUGGCAACUUGAUUUGGAAAAAAAAUGAAUGAAACAAAAAGUGGAGAUGAAACGGUAUUGCAUGCUUUUGUGGGGGAUUUGUUCUAAUGCUAAUAAUGUUUGGAAGAAGAUGGAGUUGUAUUCGGCAUGGAAGGGGAAGCUGGUUGAGAAUUUUGUGGACAUAUGUAGCAAACUGCUUCUUUGCUUUGUUGGUAGGUUUUGUUCUUCUUUUUAUUCUAGAGAUGCUAACCGUGUUGCACCUGAGUUGGCAUGUUAUGCUUUACUAGUAUAUGAUUUUGAGUCCUGAAAGGAGGAGCUUCCUAUGGCUGUUUCUUCUUAAUGAAAUUAAAAUUUUUUCCUAGGAAAAAGUUUUGUUUUUGGUCAUGAAGUUGUAUUGAAGAAGCUUUCUGGAAGUAAAGUAACUAUUUUUACGAUUGGAUAGAGUUCAUAUAUAGUUAUAAUUGUGGGAUU